UCGGCCAGUUUUCCGACCCCAGCGCCGCCGCUGCCACCGCCAACGACGCCAAAGCCCCAGCACCCUAUUUUCCCCUAGUCUCUUGCAAAACGCUUUUUUUCUUUGCACGCACUCCAUGAUAUGCCCCGUAACCACAGCCUGGGGACCUCUACCCUCCGUAACCGCAAUCGAGUCACAAACAAAACUCGCCUCAAGGUCAUCCAAGGAAACAUCGAUGCGGACCCUCUUGUACUCGAUGAAGACGAGGAAAAGGCCAGAAUUGUUAGCACGGCCGGCGUGGACGCUGAGGACGCAAACGAGCACCACUUGCAGGCUGUUCUUUCGGCGGCGUCACAUCGGCACCAGUCCGUCGGACGGACAACCCGGGGCGUCAUCGAUAAGCCUCCCGCGUACAUUCCAACACCCGACUCCACCGGUGUCAUCGACAACUAUGAGGAGUUCUAUCCUCCUAAUUGCUGGAAGCAACCAGAGCCAUAUGUACGUUUCUCUGAAACCGUCGACGAAUCCUGUACGAAUGCCGUCAUCGAUGGUUUCACGUAUUUCAUGGACGAGCGUGACAAGGAGUGGCUCGAUAGGAACAACGGAGAGGCUCGUGGUGAAGGCACCAGUGCUCAAGGUGCCCUCCCAGUUUCAGGCACGACAACGCGCUCAGGCCUAUCGCAGCGCAGUGCGAAGGCGAAAGGCAAGGAGCCAGACUGUAAUCAACCAGUCACUAUUACUGAGGACGAGUUCGAGCUUGUGAUGGGUUUAUUUGAGAAGGUUACGCAUGACAAGACACCAUUCCUGCAUACGGGUUUGGACUCUGGAAUGUCCUUUCCGCCAUUCUCGGACUACCAAGAUGUUUUCUCCUCCCCGUUGCUACCGUCUAUGUUCGCCGCGUUCGCAGUUCCUCCAUGGAUACCACAACCAUUCCAUCUUUUACGUAUCGCGAAGGGGAUUUACCCUUACUGGCGCGAACGCAGGAUCGAGCGAGGUGGUCACCGGAUAAUCCCAACUUUGAACUUUGACGAGACGGACACAAAUGAAUCGUACAUAUGUUUCCGCCGCCGAGAAAUCAAAACCGCCCGAAAGACUCGUGCCUCCCAAGCGACGUCCUCCGAUAAGCUGCUACGUUUGCAGUUGGAGCUUGCGCAGGCUUCUGAACUGGCGAAAUAUCUUCUCGCGCGAGAAAAUCUGCAGAAAGAGAAUGCACAACAAACGAUGCAGGUUUGGGAGAAAAGGAUCGAGUUCGCCGACCUCAAGCGCAAGUUCCCGUCCUUAAGUACGAAAGAGGAUGAAGAAUUACUGCACGACAAGGAACGCGUUGUCAAGAAGCCGAAGAUCGAGCCUGCCGGUCGUAUAACAGGCCUCAAGAUUCGUGCAAGAGACAACGAUGCAGGUUCGCCAGUGGUAGCAGCGGAGGCCGUCAUCCGCCCAAAGGAACGGCUUGCCCUCAUCAACGCGGCCGUGGAGCGCGAUCUUGCAAAACGCAAAGAAAGAGACCACGGCUACGAGGAUGUUGUGGAGAGUGCUUACCAGCGGCCCUCACUGCCGUACUCACGACGUCAUUGGAAGGCUAUGUCGUUAUCAUCUCGUGCUACACCUUCGCUAUCCCGUGUUGACGAUGUCGGCGAUGAUGCUAAGCCAGAACACGUUCGCUACCUUCGGUAUCGGCUUACCCGCUUAGGUGGAGUUAUGCUCGACAGAAGAGAUGCCUUCAUGCAAAGGAUGGGUAUCUCCGACGAUGAUGGCGCGCUCCUUCGACGGCGACAUGCUUUUGGUCAGCCACUCGACGAUGGCUUCGGUGACGCUGAGGACGAGGAAAUGCGGCGCCGUUUGCGGGAACGUUGGCGCUUCGAUCAGGAUGACGAUCCCGCCGUCGCGCCAGAGGGUCCUGAGGAACAAGAUCUGGUUCUCAUAGACGAUUAUGAGCCUAAAUAUUUGCGUCACAUGAUGACGUUGCUCACAGAACAAGAUCACCAACUCAUUAAUAACGACGCCACUUUGUACGUCUUACAGGACGGCCGUACGCGCCCCGUCACUCCCUACCGAAUAGGUGUUCCUCAGCCCAUGGGUCGCAAAGAGCAGCAAAACUCCCAGCGCGUGUACACCAACGGAACCUCACCACUCGCGGCGUCCAGACAAAUGUCUGCUAGCGUUCCCCUGCCCUCGAUCCCGAACGGUAUGCCAAUAUCGAUGCAGGCCCACAUGAAAGGCAUACAACCCCCCUCAGCGGUUCCCCAUGCGCGGAUAUGCUCCAAUGGAAAUGUGCAGCCUCAAGGAACGCCAAAUGCUUCCUCUUCAGAACCUUCCCAACGGGCUAGCUCAUCUCCCUUGCCGACGAAGGGGUUGAGCGCCUCUCCGGCUACUGCUCCUAUAGCUGACGGAGACGCAGUGAAGCUCUCAUCGCCCAACGGGACGCCUGGCAUACCACCUACUCCAGAGGUGCAAACGCCCAGCCAACCAUCAGGAACUCCACGCCUGAAAGCUGAUCCCCAGCAAGCGGUUUCCAUUCCGCUGAAUGGGUAUCAUCACGUCCCGAUCAACGGGUAUGCGAUCCCCAACAUCUCUUUCACGCCACACCCUCGGCAGCUGAACGGCCUAUCGCCGCAGCAGAUGAAAGACCUGCGAUCUGCGUUUGCUCAGGAUCCGAGCUCGGGGAUGCAGGGUACGCCUGGUCGGCAAAUUCAGGCGCCUUAUGUCGGGCACCUAGUACCCAACGGAACCCAUUUCAACAUGCAAAUGGGUGCAGGAGCGAAUGUAAAUCUCAAGCUCCCGCCCGGCAGGCAGUGGAACGGAGUCGCGUCGCCGCUGCAACAGGCACCAAACCUCGGAAGUGUACCCGACGGUGGUGGAACCCAGAUAUUGUCCACCGCACUCCCCCUUCAUCAGUCACCACCACGUCCACCACCCACGCCAACUUUGAAGAUGGCGUCGCCAUCCAUGCAGCAGUCUGUGCCGAGUUCGCAAGGGGGUUAUUAGGACUGGUUUAUGCUACUAACUCAGUGUUUCCGUGCGAUAUGGUACAUGUCACACACACUCUAUCCCGACUUACUGACUCCUCUCCGUAGCAGCUUUCCUAGUACUAGUGAUUUUUGAUUAUACUACCCACCUCUGUUUUUUAUGUCCUUUCCUUACUGUGUAUUAUAAUUCGACCCUUCGUUCACAGUGAAGUCCCGUCGCACGGUGGGCGUCGACGGAUACAACGGAUAUCUCCAACAUAUGCCCAUUGAAGUACUGUAUAACCGAAGUUUGUGUGAAACGCA